AUGAUGUCGCAACGAUCCGUCCGUUCAACACCUCAACCGACAACAGCAAGCUGGACCCGCUCGGACCAGUACGAGCCCCUCGCAACCGCACCUCCCACGACUCCGCAGCAGGAGCUCGACCUGGGCGACAAGCUCGAAAAGCCCCAUGAGCACCGUCUCAGGACCUGGCUCGAGCGCAUCGAACACAACCAAGCAGCCACCCGAGUGUUUUGGUUCUUUGUUGGCUUUUACUCUUCAGCGCUUCUCUGCGGCGCCAUCAUUGUUGCUAUUAUGCGCAAAUGA